GCCGUGGGGGAGCCCGCAGUCGCGGCCAUCCGUGCUUACUACCCCGACGACAACAGUGUCACUGCCGCAAUCAACGCGGGACUCGAGGAGGUCCAAGCGCUCCUGACAAUGGACAUCGGUGAGAUGGCGGGGACCGUCCGCCCGGAUAGCGUAUGGAGCAUCGCCACCAAACCCGUCACCGGAGUCAAGCUGGGACAGGACCACAUGCACCUGCUGGGGACCGUUUCCGUCACCGGUGAAGGCGGCCAGCCAGCCAGGCGGGGGGGCCCUGCAUGUUCCGAUGACCUGCCUGAGGAGAUCGAGUACAGCGGAGAUGGCGAGGAUGACGAGAGUGAUGACGAAGUGGGGCCCAGAGCAGCCAGCGACACCAUGAACACACGGGAUGAGGCCGCGGGUCGCGCUGGCGGUGAGAGCGGCGAGGUGGCUGGCGAGGGUCCCGUGGUCGGCGAAGGAACCGUGGGCGGUGAGGAACCCGCGGGCGGCGAGGAACCCGCGGGCGGUGAAGAACCCGCGGGCGGCGAGGAACAUGCGGGUGUUGAGGAACCUGUGGGCGGUGAGGAACCUGCAGGCGGCGAGGAGGCGCGCGAUGACGACCAGUCUGACUCCGACGGAGGAGAGCGUGGACGCCUGCUGAAGCGGCCGCGUGAUGUCAGCAUACUGCUGGCCUUGCGCGUGUUCACACGGCGGUUCAAUGCUUGCAUCGCCCGUCAACCCCGUGACCGUAUCCGUGGCAGGUUUUGGGGUGUCGACAUGCGUGAGGCUGUCAUGUUGCUGAACGAGGGUGACGAGGAUCACCUUUCAGACGGCGACUAUGUGGCCGUGCUGGAGGAGGUGGAGGGCCGCGCAGUAGUGCGUGUGGCCCUGGUGGAGGGGCUGCUCUGCCCCCAGGGGCGUGGCAGGGGUGCAGCCCGUUCUCGCCUGUCUACCACCAGGCGGCUUGACAUCGGUAACCCAGAUGGCAGGUUGCUGCUCCGCCUUCUACACCCUUCGCAAACCGGUGGCACGUAUGGGUAG